UAUCACAUAGCGUUUUGAGUUUUUCUUCCUAAUUUUUUAUUCGGUUUUAGCUUGCAUGCAAUGACCAAGCAGCAGCAGCAGCAACAGAAACCAGUAGUAGCCCAAUUUUACAAGCCUCCGCUCUUCCAUUUCCGCAUUUUCUGAAGCUGCAAAGACCAAAAUGAAAGCUCUGCCUCUGUAUAAUCCUGAACCUGCUAUUUUAAUCCACAUCACCGAUCAACGGUAUGUUACCCGUCCAAAACUCCACGCUUCUUUACGAUUCGUUCCGCGCACUUGGAUUGGACGGAAAUGCUGUUUGACCGCCAAAGCUUCUCUGGACUCGGCAACAAUUGAUCAGUUGGGGAUUCCUGAAUCGGAUAUUAAGAAUCCGGCGGUUUCUUCUUUGUAUCGAAGCUCUAAGUUGCCAAAACCGAAUCAGACGGUGCUCGAAGCUCAAGCUAGGGUUUGCUCGGGACCUACACGGACCAGACCGCUCAAUGAAGAGCAGGCCUCUAAAGUUCUGGACACCAUUUUAAGAUCAGCUAGGGGAGAGCUUAAAGAUGAAGAGGAAGUUUCAAAAGCGCAGCUUGGAGCCUUUUUCGCGGCAAUGACAAUCCGUGCAAAUGCGUUUCCGGAAGCAACCCAAUGGAGCGACGGGGAAAAGCGGGCAAUGAGUAACUUUUGGCCUCUACUAGUUCGAGCCUUGCCGGCUGAUGUCAGUUUCAUUGCGGAUCCUGAAGGCGCGAUUAUGGGAGUUGGGAGUUCGAUUGGUCCCCAGUAUGUUGGGAAUAGUACAAGUGAAAUGAGAUUGGUUGGUGCGCUGAGAGAGGUUUUGGCUGGUGGUCACCUUGGAUAUGAAGAGGUUCAAGGUGUUUUGAGAGAGGUUCUUCCCCUGAAAGUUGAAGAUGACGGAUGCUCGGGAGUCAGUGAAUCAUUGCUUUCAGCAUUUAUAAUUGGGCAACGUAUGAACCUGGAAAAUGAUCGCGAGUUGAAGGCCUACUGCCUUGCGUUUGACGAUGAACUUGGUCCUCCGCCUGUUGCUGAUGUAAGAUCAUUGACUCAUUAUGGUGAACCUUAUGAUGGAAACACGCGUUUCUUUAGGAGCACUUUGUUUGUUGCUGCGGUUAGAUCCUGCUAUGGUGAAUCUUCAUUGCUUCAUGGUGUGGAAUGGAUGCCGCCUAAGGGGGGUAUAACUGAGGAACAAAUGCUGAAGUUUAUGGGAGCAAAUGUGAGCUUGACCCCUUUGCAGGCUAAAGGACUUCUUGAGGAUGAUGAGGUUGGGUUUGCCUACAUAAGUCAGCGUGAAGCUUGCCCAUCUCUAUAUUCAUUGAUUGGAUUGAGGGAGCAUAUCAAGAAACGUCCCUCACUAGCAACAACUGAGAAGGUUCAACAAUUUGUGAGGGCUCGCGGAAGGGAAGCAAUGGUUGCUGGAUUUUAUCAUGAAGCUUAUGAGUCCCAUUUAAUGCUUAUGAAAAGAAGAGGUGUUCAUUCUGGUUUGGUGGUGAAGGGUGAGGAAGGGGGCCUCUCAAUGACAACAAGAUUGCGUUCUGCAUAUGCAUCAAAAGGACUGCCAGUGAACUAUUGUUCAGGGUUUCGUUCAUGGAGCAUGGCUUCUGCUUUUGAAGUUGAUGGGGUGUCACGUGAGAGUUUCAAUAUUGAGGUUAAUGCCAAGGACUAUGGUUUUGAACCCACUGCUACGCCAAGAACUGAUAGAUCGGUCUCCAAGAAUAUAGAGCUGGGUUUAGCAGCUCUUCGUGGCGAAAAAGGUCCAGCAUAUGAUCGGAUCGUCCUGAAUGCUGGAGUAGUAGAUCACUUACUGGGAUGUGAUGGUGCAGAAGAUAUCUCCUCAGCCCUCGACAGAGCAAGAGAAGCCAUUGACAGCGGUAGGGCUCUUGAGAAGCUAUUAAAUUACAUAAAGAUCUCUCAGAAAGUUAGGAAGUGAAGCCCAACUGGUGCUUCCUUCAAGUUGCAUCAGAUUUUUGUAUGUGGGCGUUGUAAAUCUUUACAUUUUCUCAAUGUUUUUGAAUAGUAAUAACAAGAGGGUGAGGGGAAGGUAAAUAAUUAUGGGUUUUUUCCCCAUUUUAUUUUUGUAAAUUAGCUUAGCAGUUAACCUCGUGGCUGAGAUCAGUUAUCAAAGAAUGUUGUUUGCUGUUGUAUAAACAUUGGAAGAUCUAGUUGUCAAUCACCUCUUUUUGUAGCGACGGGACCUGGGGGAAAUUCUCCAUA